AUGUUAAACGCCAACAACCCCUACCGUUGCAUCGGCAAGGGAUUUUGCGGCAGCGUCUGGGCUGCUGAAGAUGGCACCAAUCAUGCCAUCAAACGUGAAGACGGAGGACCCGGACGAUCUGUCACCAACGACUACAACAUGCAUCUGCAAAUCAUUCGGAGCGCAAACCAGCAUCGUCCUUCAAUGCCUCUGGCCAUACCACAGUGUCAGUCGUUGAUAUACUCGAACAAUAUGUGGUGGGUUGAAAAUCUCCACCGCUUCCCUGCGGGCUUCACAGAGUGUAGAGCGCUCAUAUCGGAACGAAUUCCCAAGAUGCCUCGAUCUAUCAGCGACAAGCUUGUGGACCUAUUCUGCGCGGGUAAUCCUUCACUUUCGGCCUUUGUGAAAGGGAAUGACGACGACGACUGUUGUCUUAUCCGUCCCUACCUAGGGCGACGACGGGAACGCGAAGCAAAUACAUCGCGCUUCCAACGGUUCAGUCUCAGGAACGUUCCAUUACACAUCAACCAGAUGGAAGACCUCGGCCUCGAUUACGUCGCCUACGCGCAAACUAUGGCAGACGCACUUGCCAUGAUGCAUUGGGGCGCCGAAGUCGAUGCCAAUGACGUCGAAUUCGUACUUGCACCUCCGCGAGCCUCAUCAACGCGAGCCUCAUCAACGCGAACAUCAUUCCCGUCACACUAUCUCGGCGAACACGUCAUGUGGAUUCUCGACUUUGACUGUGUGCGGCACAUGUCCAUGGACGAAGCUGGUUUGAAGCAGGCGUGCGCUGCGUUUAUGAGGAAUGACCCUUUCUACCCACGACCGGACGGCACUGCGACUGCUGACGGAGCGCUCUGGUGGUUCUUCAAGGAUAGAUUCCUAGCCACCAGCGCGGGGAUACUGGGAGACGGGAGCCCACAUGCAGGCCUGCCACGGAGGCUGAUGGAAUUGAUUGAGGAGGAAGGCUGUAGGCGACGGAAGAGGAAAGAGGAACUACAGGAGAGAGAUGAAGAUACGGAAUAA